AGUCAUCCUCACCCCGCCACACCAGCCAGACCGCUACACCGCUCCGGCCACACCACCCACCGGGCCCCCCAAACCCUCCCGCGUGUCCCACUGUCGCGCCGCCACCACUGUGUCGCUGGGGCGUCCCACGGACCCUCCGCCGCCGCCGCCCGCAGGAGUGUGACUUACUGGUGUGCUUCAGGAAAUAGAGCGAGUGGUGUGUUCGAGACUGGCUGAAGGUGCCCGCGGCGAUGCGCCCCGCGGCCGCCGCUGCCCGAUAACUCUGUGGUAUUAGCGCGCCGCGCCUCGCCUCAUGACAGUAUAGAUGAAAGUGUUUGCUGACGGACCGUCGUCAAGUGACAGAACACAGCCGCCCGCGACAUCCACGCCCUCAGGAGAGGCUCACGUCGCCUUGAGAGCAGCGAGGCGUGUCCUGAGCGACCCGAGUGUCACCUGAAGGGAAGCGGUCCUUCCUGAGACGUCCGCCGACUUCCGGCUGUCUUGUACUUCCUUCCGCGCCGGCGACACCACGGGACUCCCGCGUGGCGAGGCACACAUCCGCACCAGUGUCGUCAGCGCCUCUCUCACACAAGUUGCGUGUCGCAUCGUCGCCGCCGCCGGCAGGGCUUUUGUCACGAGUUUGCGCCACAACAAGGAGCACGGACAGGCAACAAGCGGUGCCUGACCAGCCUCGUCAGUGGCCAGCCUUCAUCCCACGUGGCCGCCCCCAGUGUGUGUAUUAUGUAAGGCCGCCCGCUGGCCAGCCAGUGUGACUUCAAGCGGUACUCAGCUGCUGCCGCCAAACGUACGGGCGGCGGCCUUCGCUUACAGGAGCCGCGGACACUCCUGACGCUGCAGGACUGAGGUGGGCGCCAGGCAGUGCCGGCGGACGGGGCAGUAGCGGGCACAGGCGGGCAGCGGCCGACACCGCCGGCGCCGUGGCUCCCCAUGCUGGCGCCUCCGACCCGCGCGCCCCGAUGACGGUAGCGUGGCGCAGCGCUGGUGACAUGGCGACGGAGGUGGGUGGCAUGGGCGGCAUGAGCGGCGGGGGCGAACACCCGGGCGAGUUGAUAAAAACGGGCGCCCCCAACAUCCUGUGCACGGCGCUGCCCACCCACUGGCGCUCCAACAAGUCGCUGCCCAUGUCCUUCAAGGUGGUGGCACUGGACGACGUCAAGGACGGCACCAUCGUCACCAUCAGGGCCGGCAACGACGAGAACUUCUGCGGCGAGCUGCGCAACAACUCGGCCGUCAUGAAAAACCAGGUGGCCAAGUUCAACGACCUGCGCUUCGUCGGCAGGUCGGGCAGAGGCAAAAGCUUCAACCUGUCCAUCAUCAUCAGCGGCGCGCCCACCCAGAUCACCACGCUCACCAAAGCCAUCAAGGUGACAGUGGACGGCCCUCGCGAACCACGAAACAAGUCACGUGAGUGGAUUGUGGGUCAUCCAGGCUGGGGCUUCCCUCUCGGCUAUCACCCGUGGCUUGACUCCCACCUCUCGGCUCUCGGUUACAAUUUGGGACUAACCGCCUUCAACCCUCUCGCCCACACUAAGGCCCUCGAGCUGGCUAGAGUGGGCGGCAAUGGGUGGCUGGACGCUUGGCGGGGAGCAUCAGGGCUCGUGGGCGGUCUUACUAUGGGCGUGGGCGGCUCCCACAUCCCCGGCACCGCCCUCAGCAGCCUCUCCGCCCACUCCCUGCCCUCCCUACCAGGUCACAAUCCCGCCCAUUCCCACGCCCUCGCCAGCAUAACCAACACUGAGAGUACGAGACAACUGUUGACAGGUGACUCCCGGUGUUUACGGUGUCGUGGGUGUGAAUCAGGCGGCGCGUGUUCCACCCUGCUCCACCACGCCACACCCACGCCUCCCUCCUCCUCCCCGGGGCCAGUAUCCUGCUCCCCCUCCACCUCCACCAACAGCAGCACCAGCAACAACAACAGCAUCAACAACAACAACAACAACAACAAUAGCAACCACAACAACAACAACAGCACCACCACUUCGAGUACCUCCACCACGACCACCACUACUAACGGGAGUGGAAGCGGGGGAAGUGGUAGUGGAGGAGGGGAGGGAGCUGGAGGAGGAGGUGGAGGAGGUGGAGUGGUGAGCUUGCGGCCGCCACCUUUAGCGCCUCUUGGUGGAUUAAGCGCCUUUUCCAUUCCUAAGACUCUCGGUGGACUUAAGACAACCUUCCAGUCUCGUGAGUCCUCCUUCCAGCCCGUCAAGCCUUCCAGCGAUAGGAGUCCAGAGGUGAAGGUUUGGAGGCCGUACUGAAGGAGCCGCGUCACCUCUCCUCCCCUCACGUCCUCCCCGCUCUUCUCUUUGUAAGAAUCUCCCCACCUCCGCCAUUCCAAGUACACGUUCAUGAAGGACUAGAGUGUAAAGAGCCCAGAUGUGUACCUGUGUGUGUAGGUGUGUCUAUGUGUGUGUGUGUGUGUGUGUGUGUGUGUGUAUGUUUGUGUGUGUGAGUGUAUGUUCGUUGCGCUCAGUGCCGUACGUACAUACAUACAUACAUGCAUGCAUACGCACAUACGUGAAAAAUAAAACUUGAUGACUUUUCCACACAUUUGUGAAGGGAAAAAUAGGAAAAUAAAAUGAUGGAAAGAGGGAGAAAAAAGAGGUGAAUCAAUGAAGAGGAUUGAAAAAAGAAAAGAAAAGGAAAAAGACAGUGUUUGAUCUCAUUUCCGAACACAAACUGACUCACGGGAAAGAAAGAAACAAAGAAAAAAAAAGAAAAGAAAGAAAAGUUUCGAAAUGUGUUCAGAGUGAGACAAAAAGGGAGAGAAAAAUGUGGAGAGAGAGAAAAAAAAGAGGGAGAGAGUGAGAGACGGGGAGAGAGGGAGAGGGAGGGAGAGUAGAGAUUACGGAAGGACAUGAUUGGUUGGUUCAUACGGAGCCUCUGAGGUCAAGUAAGGUCACGUGAUGUGUGUGUGUGUGUGUGUGUGUGUGUGUGUGUGUGUGUGUGUGUGUGUGUGUGUGUGUGUGUGUGUGUGUGUGUGUGUGUGUGUGUGUGUGUGUGUGUGUGUGUGACCUGACCAGUGACCUCUCGCCAUGAUCGUGUGUGUACCAAAGCGUGUACACGUGUAAAGGACACCCAUGUACGUAGCUGUGUGUGCGUGUGCGUGUUCGAGUGCGUGUGGGUUGUGUGAGUACGGUGAACCAGCCCCCCCCCCUACGCGGAAUUAAAAGACAAAAAAUAUAUAUAAAAAAAUGUGACUUGAAAUUCCUAAACAUUGCCAAAGAAAAUGACAAAGAAAAUGGAAAGUAUCUUAGAAAAUAAGUGAUGGAAUUAAUAAAGCUUGUUUACUGAAAGUUUUUGUGGUACAGAUUUACACAGGAGUAUCUAUGGAACAACAACAACAACAACAACAACAACAACAACAGCCGCCGCCACCACCACCACCACCACCACCACCAAAAUCCCAAUCGUUGUUGCACAGAAAGAGACACGAAAACUGACUUAACUGGUUGACUGACUGACUGACUGACUGACUUAACUGACUGAAUGACUGACGGAAUGACACAGCAACAAACUGACAAGUAAACGAAGUACAACCAGAGGACUAAUACAACUUGGCAGACGAGAAUACAGAUAGACAGACAGACAGAUAGACACACACACACACACACACACACACACACACACACACACACACACACACACACACACACACACACAGACGCACAGACAAACAAAUGAGGAAGUCAGUAAAUAAAGUGUUUAUGUUCAAAAUCUAUAUAUUCGUAAAAGCACAGAACCACAAAAUAAAAUAACAGUGAAACAAAACGUACUGGAAAAAAGAAAGGAAACUAGAAGCAAACUCAAUUUUGUGUACAGAGAGAGAGAGAGAGAGAGAGAGAGAGAGAGAGAGAGAGAGAGAGAGAGAGAGAGAGAGAGAGAGAGAGAGAGAGAGAGAGAGAGAGAGAGAGAGAGAGAGACUGAGUGUAGAAAACAUAUAUAUCUAUAUUUUCUAAACUGUGUGACGAGUGGUUUUAGAGAGUUGGGAGAAGAAACAACAAAAACAACAAUAACAAUAACAACAACAACAACAACAACAACAACAACAACAACAACAACAACAGACAACAGCCAAAAAUAAUACAAGAAUUGAUGAAACAGAGACACAACAAUAUAUGGGUGAGGUAGCGUGGCCCUCUAAUCCUGCGGUGCCACGGUGCCAUACAGGUGUGCCAUAGGUGAGACGGGCAGGUGAAGAGUGCCAUUCUAACCUCACACCUGUUGGACCCUUGUGGCAUUACACCUGUAUCAUCAACAUCAGGUGUCGCUGGCCUGGACAGAGGUACAAAUUGACGAGAGAGAGAGAGAGAGAGAGAGAGAGAGAGA